AUGGUUUCAUACGUUAGAGGUCCAGCUUACAAAGCUCUUUCACAUUUUGGUAAAUUAAACCCACCUUUGGUCAGAUCAUAUAUUCCAGAUUUAAUCUUUUGGGGUGCUGCUGCAGGUGCAGGUGUUGCUACUUUUACUGAAGGUUGGCCAUUAUUUCAACAAACAUUUUAUGAAAAAAUUCCAUUCUUUGGUCAACAUUGGAUCCAUAAUCCUGAUCCAGAAGAUGUUCCAGUUUAA